AUGGAUUCCGAUUUGGAGUACAUAUACGAGCACUAUGUUGAAUCGUCUGACGGCUCGUCCGACAAGGAGUACUCGGAUGAGACAGCGAUGAUGCGGGCGGUCCUUGAAGACGUGGAGCGUGCGGAGAAGCAUGUUCUCAAUUUCAAGGGCGCGAUCAAGGGUCAUCGAGUGCUUAACCGCAACAGGGCGCGCGGCCAUUUGAUACUGAUGGCCAACUACUUUGCCCCGAAUGCACUCUUCACUGACCAUUUUUGCCGGCGUUUUCAGAUGCGCAAGAUUGUCUACGGUCGUUUGUACCAUGGCGUCCAGUCUUAUGAUGACUACUUUGUCUUGAAGAAGGACGUCGUGGGAACAAUUGGCUUCUCUGGUUACCAUAAGUGCACGGCCACAUUACGAAUGCUUGCAUAUGGCACGGUCGCUGAUUCGUGGGACGAGUACCUACGAAUGUCUGAGAGCACAUGCGGAGCUGCCAUGGUCAGGUUUGCAACUCCCUUGGCCGAGGUGUUCGGACCUCAAUACCCGAGAAAACCAACCGUGACAGACACCGAGAGGCUCUUGGCAAUCUUAGAAGCAAGAGGGUGGCCAGUUUUGCUUGGAUCUCUUUGA